AUGGGGAAGAAAAAAGUGAAGAAGGUUGCCCGUUCAUCGACUAAAUCGCCAGAAGCCCAAGGCCUCGUUUUUGUGCCAGAAGACAAACCAAAUUACGCCGAUUCUGAGUAGGUUUUCUUGAAAUUUCAUGCACUAACAUGCUUUUUUUGCAGACUCACAGAUGAGCAACGUUUGGAUGUUCUACAGCUAGUGCAUACUCUGCAAGACAAGCGUGGAAUAAUUUUGGCCAAACGUGCAAUUUGUGACGACUCAGAAACGAAAGUGUUCAGAAGUAAAAAACUAGUCGAGCAAAUUGUAGGCAAUCUUACAACUCUGGAGGUAUGUACGCUCGCGAAAUUCAUAUGGUAAAGUUAUCAGACGUUGCGAUGCAAUAAACAUGUAAUUUGUGCUGAAUUGUUUCUAAAAAGUGUUUUCAGGAUGUUUUAUCGUUCUACACCGCUUUCAAAUACUCUAUCGAAUGGGAUAUACUGAAUCCUGAACUUCUGAAAUCAACCGAUUUGCAAAUUUUCGAAACAGAUGUUAGUCAGCCCGGUAGUUAUUAGAAAAAUUACAAAAAUUGAAAAGUUCAGGGAGUUUGGAGUUAUCAGAUAUCAAAAGGCAAGGAAGUGGUUCCGGUGAAACGUCUAACAACUUACCUGGUUAAUCAAUCCAAAAAACUGUAUUUUGAAUCUGAACGAGUCAACAACUUUGACGUGGAUCAGAAGGGAAAAUACGCUAAAGUGUUUGAGGUGAGAUUACUCUAAACAAAACUAAGCUUCUUGUAGUUUCAUUUCAGAAGCCAGUAUUUGAACCUCAAGAUAUAACUAUUAUUCUUAUGUGCCAGAAUGUCACUACCAUCAACUUGAACUCUUUCGCCAUUGAUGCCUACAUUGCGCACAUCUGUAAAACAACACUUUGCAACGCUCAUUACCAUGAAAACUGUUUGUUUUCAGUUCUAGCUUCCAUGGGCAUGCCAAUCUGGAAAAGCAUGCAACAUCUGAUUCUGGAAGACGUACAUCAGGCUGCAAACACUCCGAGUUACUUGCGUCUCAGCGAUGUUGGCUAUUUGAAAGUAGAGAACACAUGGAAAAAACCGUAUAAACUUUUCUUGUUUCGUUUCAGACCCGUUUUCUGCCAGAUAUAGUCAUGUUUGCCAUCUUCUCGGCGGAGCAAUUGGAAACUUUGAGUUGGAGUGCCAUGUUCAUCAGCGAUCGCAUGACGAGACUUAGUUAGUUUAUCUUGAUUUGAAUACGAAAAGUUAAAAUGUUGCAUUAGUGGAAUAUCAACUGUUAACUCUGAAACAAUGGAAGAAGCUGAAAGAGAUUUCGCUCACUAACCUGAUCACGCAAGAGAGAAAUGAAAAGUUGCUCGACGAAGUUUUUGUAAGUGACACUGGCGGAUAGUGUCUGAUGAAUUUUGUAUUCAGAUCGGUUUGCUCAAAAUCAACAUGAAGAAUGAUUUGACUCUAACCUUGUCACUGCAACGUCAUACCUAUGGAACGACCCUUUUGAGGAAACUAGAAGCCGCUAAAAUCAAAUUGCAUAAGAUCAAUCUAAUCAUCAAUGAGAACGCUUUGUGAGUUACAAAUCUGUAUAUAAAACAAGCAUAACUUUAGGAACCGGGAAACCAUUACCCUUAUCACAAAGCUCCAGAACCUCUGUACUCAUAUGACUCUGACAUUCCAUGAGACGAUUAUGGUGUUCCCAACUGAUCGAGAGGAUAGAGUGAGAAUGAUGUCGCAGGAAUUUGAAAAGUGGGAUAAGGUCCCAAAGCUAUCCAUUAUUCAUAUUCUAACCAGUUUCUUUCAGGUCAAUGAAGUUCUUAUUGGCAAAGAUAUGUAUUUCUUUAAAAUUGGAAAACCACCAGUCGAUUGCUUGAUGGACGUCUUUGCCAGUAGGAAGUUCUAUUAAGAAUGUUUUUCCAAAAAACCGUACUUCAGACUUGCCACUUCUGCCGAAUCUGAAAACACUUCGCUUUGAAGAUCGUCUGACUCAUGAGUCGUUUUCGGUGUUUGCCAAGAAGAUUUUGAGCGAGUUGGAAUUGGAGGAAUUCUCCAUCAAGUAAGAAAUCGUAUGACUUUGUACAUAGUUGUCAUCCUUAUCUUUAGAUACUUCGAUUUGGAUUACGAAAAAGAAAAGACGAUUUCAACUGGUUACUUUUUGCUCAAUCUGCCAAAGACCAUCAAGAACUUGGGCCUAUUUCCGUUCCCGAUCGAUCAAUACACUCUCGGAGCUGUUGUCUCGGUAAUAAAGGGUCAUUUUUAUCUUUAUAAUGUCCAAUAAUCUGCAGGCUUGCCCGAAACUCGAGCGUUUCACGUUGUUCUGCGACACCGACCAGAACGUCCAACACAUUCAGAAAUUUGUGAGUUGACCCUCUGAUUGUAUUAUCAACAGUAUUUUUGCAGUUGCGCAUGCACUAUCCGCCGUCCACGGUUGUCGAAGUUCGCACAGGACCGGUCAAGAUCUGUCACCGUCUUGUGGCAAUUAGCCACUUCCUGGACAACGAGCCAAGACAAGAAUCAUUUGUAUUCUAA